ACAUAUGAAUGCAAAUGUGAGCGGAAACUGUAAAAGCUGCAAGGUUAGUAGAAAGUUUGUUGAAAUUGCUAGUUUGUUGAAAUCAUGGAAAAUGGAAACAUGAAACGUUUAAGUCUGGAGAUUAAAUCCCCAAGAAGAGGUUCAGGACAAAGAACACCCUCUCCUAGAAGCAAAGUAGAAUCAAGAAUAACUCCGAGAGAGUCAUUCGCUAACAAAGGGGAUAUUGUGUAUAUCAAACCAUUCGUCGAUUCCAUGGAGUAUGAAAAAAGAAAAUACAACACAGUGCCGGGAUUGAAGGAAAGAAGAAGUCAAUUGAUGGAUCGUGUAUACGUGAUAGAUGGUAAACUCAGAAACAUGCAAGAAUUAAGAGGUCUUUUAAAAAAGAUAUCUGGUACAAUGAGAGACUUCUCAAAACGAAUUUUCAAACUUGAACGCAACCAGCAGGGCGUCCCAUACGUUGGUGCGGUUAAAGGAUUGGUGAAGAAGAUGAAUGAUGAAAUCGAAUGUGAAACAAUGAAGCGUGAUUUGGGCAAAAUGAAUGCAGAUGAUGUCCCGUUUGUUAUUGAAGUAAAUCUCCAGUUCCGAAAUGUUCGUCAAAUCUGUGAGAACAUCAUUGUCCAUCAUAUUCACUACAAUGUUACUUAUCUAGAGGAUUUUCAUUUGGUCUGUGGAAAGAUUCGAGGGAUCAUGAAGACAUUGAUUGCAUUGUAUUAUAAUGACAAGAUUGGAGACGACCUAUUGGAUGACACGAAUGACGAUAUCACGGAUGAAGACGACCAGGACCAAUCUUCCAAUGGACCUGACAUUUAUGAAGAAGAGAUACAAAACGGAAGUGUAGAGGCAUGCAUCCAAUCAGACCUCUCUAGAAGCAUAUUUUUGCACGAUGAGUUUGAUUUCAAACCACCAAAACAAAAAGACGAAGAAGCAAAGAAUGGCGCUAUUAUCCAAGAAAUUGUUCAAAUGCGGAAAACCUUAUCACAAUCCAACGAAGAGCUUGGUCAGAUUGAUCGUUUGUCACUUGGGAAUCCGAAGAUUCAAUCAUUAUGCGAUCGCUUUGCAGCUGUUGGUGACAUAUUAUGUCAAGCUGAGAAAAUAGUUAACAAGUUUGUUGCCAUGGAGGUGCCAUGCUCAUUAAAAAUUCAAGCAACGAUUAACAAAAUGCGUUUUUUGACGACAACGAAACGACCAAGUGAGCGACACGUAGAAAGAAUGAAGUUAUUGCUCGGUGAAUGUGAUGGAAGAAUUAUGAUUGUGGGUAAAUAUCUUGCGAUACAAUAAAUAUGAACAUUAAUUUAUCCAGGAUUACUAACAUUUUUUUAAAGUAUGUAUAAUUAAAGAAUUAGUCAUAAAACUUGAUCCCUACAGAAUACGUGACAGGGUGUAGAAUAUCCUAAAAUGACUGUCCCUCUCGACUCUGACUUGUGACACGAAUCAAUACGAACCGCAAUCAUGACUAACUGAUUCAAUAAAUCAUCUCUCCAGUAAUACCAAAUUUCGAAAACGAGCAAUGCAAUUUGGUAAGGAUGUUUCACAACUAGAAACAGAAUCUAGGUGUAUAUUGUUCAAAAUAUAAUUUAACCUUCCUUUAAAAUUUAAAAUCGAUAAUCUCUGAACUUCCCCUUUUAUGCAGCAAUAAUCCCGAUAGUCUUUUUUAGUAGAAACGCAACACCAACGAAACCGAUAAUUUUAUAUUUUAGUUGGUUCAAAAUCUGCAGCUAAUAGAAAGUCGAGAACGAAGAAAAACUUUAGGUCCGAAUAUCCUGUCGAAUUCAAUUGAUUGCUCAAUAGCCUUUUUCAAAAGUCCUUUUUUAUAGAAGUUAUUAUACUGAAAUUAUAAGAACAAAAGAAAGCAAAGAAUCAUUAAAACACAGGAUGUUUAUGGAAUGUAAAAUUGUGAAAAAGGAUAUUAUAUUACGAGUUUCUUAUACCGCACUUUUUUUUUAAUUGUUUUUAUAAACUUAGAUCACCUAGAUAAUUAGUUGAAAGUUUUUCAACAGCUUGUAUUUUCACUUAGAUCUACGAUCAAGGAAUUUUUAAUAUUUUAUAACAGCAAAAGAAAUGCCAUUUUACUUGGACUAGAUUUAGUUUAGGUUACGUUUUAUAUGCCUUAAUGUACUUAGGAUAUUUUUACAGAUUCUCAGAAUAAUUAUAUCCUGUAAUAUGUCGCUGCUGUUUUUAACUUUUUGUUGUGAACAUGUGCCUCUUGUGAACAUGUUGCGUUGUCGCUGUUGUUGUCGUUGUUGUUUUUGUUGUUGUUUUUGUUGUUGUUGUUGUUGUUGUUGUUGUUGUUGUUGUUGUUGUUGUUGUUGUUAUAUAAAACGAAUCUUAAUACAUUAGGAAUAGGGUUACUGUAUUUUUAGGAUACUUAUCAUAUUAAUAAAGCUAAGACUGAGUUUA